CAAAGGCUUCCGCCGCGGGCAGGUGAAGCAGCGGAGACAGGGAGUCGGCCGGGUCUCCGGGGCUGCUGCGGCCGCGGAGCUCCGGGGAGCCGCCGAGGCGAGCAUGAGGCGGCGGUCGGCGCGGUCCGGGCCGGCAGGCUGAUCGCUUGAGCUCUUCGGUUUUCUCCUAAAUCUUCACUUAACCUUCAGAAAUCUGGGGAAAAAAAUGGCGUUCGUUUCAACCCAGGGGCCCACCGUGGUCGACCAGACCACCUUAAUGAAGAAGUAUCUCCAGUUUGUGGCGGCUCUCACCGAUGCCAACACACCCGAUGAAACGAAACUGAAGAUGAUGCAAGAAGUUAGUGAAAACUUUGAGAAUGUUACCUCGUCUCCUCAAUAUUCCACAUUCUUGGAACACAUCAUCCCUCGCUUCCUUACGUUUCUCCAAGACGGGGAAGUGCAGUUCCUCCAGGAAAAACCUGCGCAGCAACUGAGAAAAUUAGUUUUGGAAAUAAUCCAUAGAAUACCAACCAACGAGCAUCUGCGCCCGCACACCAAAAAUAUCUUAUCUGUGAUGUUUAGAUUUCUAGAGACCGAAAAUGAAGAAAAUGUACUUAUUUGCUUGAGGAUAAUUAUUGAGCUUCACAAACAAUUCCGUCCACCUAUCACACAAGAGAUCCACCAUUUCUUGGAUUUUGUGAAACAGAUUUACAAGGAGCUUCCAAAAGUCGUGAACCGGUACUUUGAGAAUCCUCAAGUUGUCCCUGAGAACACCAUCCCUACCCCAGAAAUGGUGGGCUUGAUCACGACGAUUGUAGUGAAAGUAAAUCCGGAGAGAGACGACAGUGAAACCAGAUCGCAUGCAGUCAUUCCUCGUGGCUCCCUUUCCUUGAAAGUUUUAGCAGAACUUCCCAUAAUCGUUGUCCUCAUGUAUCAGCUCUAUAAACUAAAUAUUCACAACGUGGUAGCUGAAUUUGUGCCCUUGAUCAUGAACACCAUAAUUAUUCAAGUCUCCAACCAAGCCAGGCAGAAUAAAAACUACAAUAAGGAAUUGUACGCUGACUUCAUUGCUGCCCAGAUCAAAACCUUGUCGUUCCUGGCUUACAUUAUAAGGAUUUAUCAGGAGCUGGUAGCUAAGUAUUCUCAGCAAAUGGUGAAGGGAAUGUUGCAACUACUGUCCAACUGUCCAGCAGAAACAGCUCACCUGAGGAAGGAACUACUCAUCGCAGCCAAGCAUAUCCUCACCACCGACCUGAGGAGCCAGUUCAUCCCCUGUAUGGACAAAUUGUUUGAUGAAUCCAUACUCAUAGGCUCUGGCUACACAGCCCGUGAAACGCUCAGGCCUCUUGCGUACAGCACCCUGGCCGAUCUGGUCCAUCAUGUCCGCCAGCAUUUACCCCUCAACGAUCUCUCCCUCGCCGUCCAGCUCUUUGCCAAGAAUAUUGACGACGAAUCUCUGCCCAGCAGUAUCCAGACCAUGUCGUGCAAACUUCUGCUGAACCUGGUGGAUUGCAUUCGGUCCAAGAGCGAGCAGGAAAAUGGAAACGGCAGAGAUAUCCUCAUGAGGAUGUUGGAGGUGUUCGUCUUGAAAUUCCACACCAUUGCCCGCUACCAGCUUUCCAUCAUCUUUAAAAAGUGCAAACCCCAGUCGGAACUGGGGGCGGGAGAGGCAGCUUUAACGGGUGCCCCGGCAGGGGGAAACGCCCUCCCGGUCACGGUGCCCUCUCCUGCGCCCACCACCCCGGUGGUCCCUGCUUCGGGGCCCGUCUUUGAGAAGCAAGGGGAGAAGGAGAAGGAGGACAAACAGACUUUUCAAGUCACGGAUUGCCGAAGCUUGGUGAAGACCUUAGUCUGCGGGGUCAAGACGAUUACGUGGGGCAUCACGUCUUGCAAAGCCCCUGGAGAAGCCCAGUUCAUUCCCAAUAAGCAGCUUCAACCUAAAGAGACCCAGAUCUAUAUAAAAUUGGUCAAAUAUGCCAUGCAAGCGUUGGAUAUUUAUCAGGUCCAAAUCGCCGGGAACGGGCAGACGUACAUUCGGGUCGCCAAUUGCCAAACGGUCAGAAUGAAGGAAGAGAAAGAGGUCCUGGAACACUUUGCGGGGGUCUUCACCAUGAUGAACCCCCUGACUUUCAAAGAAAUCUUCCAGACGUCUGUGCCUUACAUGGUGGAAAGGAUCUCCAAGAACUACGCCCUUCAGAUCGUUGCGAACUCUUUCUUGGCCAAUCCUACGACCUCAGCUUUGUUUGCUACCAUCCUGGUGGAGUAUCUGCUUGACCGCUUGCCCGAAAUGGGUUCCAACGUGGAACUGUCCAACCUGUAUCUCAAACUCUUCAAGUUGGUCUUUGGUUCGGUUUCGCUCUUUGCUGCGGAAAACGAGCAGAUGUUGAAGCCGCAUCUCCAUAAAAUAGUCAAUAGCUCCAUGGAAUUGGCGCAGACGGCGAAGGAACCUUACAACUACUUCUUGCUGCUGAGAGCCCUUUUCCGAUCCAUUGGGGGAGGCAGCCAUGACCUCUUGUAUCAAGAAUUCCUGCCCUUGCUACCUAACCUACUACAAGGUCUUAACAUGCUUCAGAGUGGCUUGCACAAACAGCACAUGAAAGAUUUAUUCGUCGAGCUUUGCCUGACCGUCCCGGUACGACUCAGCUCUCUCCUUCCUUACCUGCCAAUGCUGAUGGAUCCCUUGGUGUCCGCCUUGAAUGGAUCCCAGACGCUGGUCAGCCAAGGCCUGCGCACCCUGGAGCUGUGCGUGGAUAAUCUGCAGCCGGAUUUCUUGUAUGAUCACAUACAACCUGUCCGGGCCGAAUUGAUGCAGGCUCUGUGGAGGACCCUGCGCAAUCCCGCGGAGACCAUUUCUCACGUGGCUUAUCGCGUGCUGGGCAAAUUCGGUGGAAGCAACCGGAAGAUGCUGAAGGAGUCCCAGAAGCUGCACUACGUGGUGACGGAGAUUCAAGGGCCUAGUAUUACAGCGGAGUUCUCUGACUGCAAAGCAUCCAUUCAGCUCCCCAUGGAGAAGGCCAUUGAGACCGCCUUGGACUGUUUGAAGAGCGCCAACACGGAGCCCUACUAUCGGAGGCAAGCCUGGGAGGUCAUCAAAUGCUUCCUGGUUGCCAUGAUGAGCCUAGAUGACAACAAGCAUGCUCUGUACCAGCUUCUUGCACAUCCCAACUUCACGGAGAAGUCCAUCCCCAACGUGAUCAUCUCCCACCGCUACAAGGCUCAGGACACGCCGGCCCGAAAGACCUUUGAACAGGCCCUGACGGGAGCCUUCAUGUCAGCGGUGAUCAAAGACCUGCGACCCAGCGCCCUGCCUUUCGUGGCCAGCCUGAUCCGCCACUACACCAUGGUGGCGGUGGCCCAGCAGUGUGGCCCUUUCCUGCUCCAGUGUUACCAGGUGGGAAGCCAGCCCAGCACCUCCAUGUUCCAUAGCGAGGAAAACGGGUCGAGAGGCAUGGAUCCCUUGGUGCUGAUCGACGCCAUCGCCAUCUGCAUGGCCUACGAGGAGAAGGAGCUUUGCAAGAUCGGCGAGGUGGCCUUGGCUGUGAUCUUUGACGUGGCCAGCAUCAUCCUGGGAUCCAAGGAACGGGCCUGCCAGUUGCCCUUGUUUUCCUACAUCGUGGAGCGCCUCUGUGCUUGUUGCUACGAGCAAGCGUGGUACGCCAAGCUCGGUGGGGUGGUGUCCAUCAAGUUCCUGAUGGAGCGUCUCCCUCUGAUUUGGGUCCUCCAGAACCAGCAGACGUUCCUCAAGGCUUUGCUCUUUGUCAUGAUGGACCUGACGGGAGAGGUUUCCAACGGGGCUGUGGCCAUGGCCAAGACGACCCUUGAGCAGCUCUUAAUCCGAUGCGCGACGUUGUUGAAAGAAGAAGAGAAGACGGAGGAGAUCCUCACGGCCCAGGAGAAGUCCUUCCACCAUGUGACCCAUGACCUGGUCCGAGAAGUCACCUCGCCAAACUCCACCGUCAGGAAGCAGGCCAUGCACUCCCUCCAGGUGGUGGCCCAGGUGACGGGCAAGAGCGUCACGGCGAUCAUGGAGCCCCACAAGGAGGUUCUACAAGAUAUGGUGCCUCCCAAAAAACACUUGCUCCGACAUCAGCCUGCAAACGCCCAGAUCGGUUUGAUGGAAGGGAAUACGUUUUGUACCACGCUGCAACCCCGGCUUUUCACGAUGGACCUCAACGUGGUUGAGCACAAAGUAUUUUAUACAGAGCUGCUGAAUCUGUGUGAGGCUGAAGAUUGUGCCUUGAUGAAAUUGCCCUGUUAUAAGAGCCUGCCUUCUUUGGUGCCGCUCCGAAUUGCAGCUCUGAAUGCCUUGGCUGCCUGCAACUACUUGCCCCAGUCCCGAGAGAAGAUCAUCGGCGCUCUCUUCAAGGCCCUCAAUUCAACCAACAAUGAGCUUCAGGAAGCUGGCGAGGCCUGCAUGAGGAAGUUUUUGGAAGGCGCAACCAUCGAGGUGGACCAGAUCCACACCCACAUGAGACCGUUGCUUAUGAUGCUGGGCGACUAUCGGAGCCUAACCCUCAACGUGGUCAACAGGCUGACAUCGGUGACGAGGCUCUUCCCCAACUCGUUUAACGACAAGUUUUGUGACCAGAUGAUGCAACACCUGCGUAAAUGGAUGGAGGUGGUAGUGCUUACCCAUAAAGGAGGACAGAGGAGCGAUGGGAACGACAGUAAUGCGGAGUGCAGGAAAUGUUCCUUGUCUCCAUUCGGUCAGUUUGAGGAAAUGAAGAUUUGCUCAGCGAUUAUAAACCUGUUUCAUCUGAUCCCAGCUGCUCCACAGACCCUGGUCAAACCUUUGCUGGAAGUGGUGAUGAAAACUGAACGGGCCAUGUUGAUUGAGGCUGGCAGCCCCUUCCGAGAACCCCUGAUCAAGUUUCUGACCCGCCACCCAUCUCAGACCGUUGAGCUCUUCAUGAUGGAAGCGACCUUGAACGAUCCACAGUGGAGCAGGAUGUUCAUGAGUUUUUUAAAGCACAAAGACGCCAAGCCUUUGCGGGAUGUCCUGGCUGCGAAUCCCAACCGUUUCAUCACCUUACUCUUACCUGGCGGGACCCAGACGGCGGUUCGGCCUGGAUCUCCCAGCACUAGCACCAUGCGGCUCGAUCUCCAGUUUCAAGCCAUUAAGAUCAUCAGUAUCAUCGUUAAGAACGAUGAAGGCUGGCUGGCAAACCAGCAUUCCUUGGUGAGCCAACUGAGGCGUGUUUGGGUCAGCGACACUUUCCAAGAGCGGCACCGGAAGGAGAACAUGGCGGCCACCAACUGGAAGGAGCCGAAACUUCUGGCCUACUGCUUACUGAACUAUUGCAAGUGCGUCUUUUGUGGGGGUUAUUCCUUUUGGGUCCUGCAGUACAUUCUGAACCCCGCUUUCCUGUACAGCUUCGAAAAGGGGGAAGGGGAGCAGCUUCUGGGGCCCCCCAAUCCCGAAGGAGAUAACCCUGAGAGCAUCACCAGUGUAUUCAUAACAAAGGUUCUGGAUCCAGAAAAGCAAGCCGACAUGCUGGAUUCGCUCCGGAUUUACCUCCUGCAGUUUGCCACCUUGCUGGUCGAGCACGCCCCGCACCACAUCCACGACAACAACAAGAACCGCAACAGCAAACUGCGCCGUCUAAUGACCUUCGCUUGGCCCUGCUUGCUCUCCAAAGCCUGCGUGGACCCGGCCUGCAAAUACAGCGGGCACCUCCUCCUGGCUCACAUCAUUGCCAAAUUUGCCAUCCACAAAAAGAUCGUCUUGCAGGUGUUCCACAGUCUCUUGAAGGCGCAUGCAAUGGAGGCUCGGAUCAUUGUCAGACAAGCCAUGGCUAUCUUGACCCCUGCGGUACCUGCUCGAAUGGAGGAUGGCCACCAGAUGUUGACUCACUGGACCCGGAAGAUCAUUGUGGAAGAAGGACACACGGUGCCUCAACUGGUCCAUAUCUUACACCUGAUAGUUCAGCACUUUAAGGUGUACUACCCGGUGAGACACCACUUAGUGCAGCACAUGGUCAGCGCCAUGCAGAGGUUGGGCUUCACUCCCAGCGUGACCAUCGAGCAGAGGAAGCUGGCGGUGGACCUGGCAGAAGUGAUCAUCAAGUGGGAAUUGCAACGGAUCAAAGAUCAGCAGCCGGAUUCAGACAUGGACCCGGGGGCCAGUGGCGAAGGUGUGAGUACUGCCUCGUUGGCGGUGAAAAGAGGACUGUCGGUGGAUUCCGGUCAGGAAGUGAAACGGUUCCGAACGGCGACUGGGGCAAUCAGUGCGGUGUUUGGGCGGAGCCAGUCCCUUUCUGGUGCGGACGCUCUCUUCUCCAAGUCUAUCGAUAAGCAACACACCGACACAGUGAUCAAUUUCCUGAUUAGAAUUGCCUGCCAGGUAAAUGACAACUCAAACACCGCUGGCUCUCCAGGAGAAGUGCUCUCCCGACGCUGCGUUAACCUUCUGAAGACAGCUUUACGGCAGGACAUGUGGCCAAAAUCGGAGCUGAAACUGCAGUGGUUUGAUAAGCUUCUAAUGACCGUGGAACAGCCCAACCAAGCCAACUUUGCCAACAUCUGCACCGGAUUGGAAGUCCUCAGUUUCCUGCUCACCGUCCUCCAGUCUUCGGUGAUUCUGAGCAGCUUCAAACCACUUCAACGAGGGAUAGCCUCCUGCAUGACAUGCGGGAACACGAAGGUCUUGCGAGCCGUCCACACGCUCCUUUCGCGCUUAAUGAGCAACUUCCCCACUGAACCAAGUACCUCAAGCGUGGCCUCCAAGUAUGAAGAAUUGGAAUGUCUCUAUGCGGCUGUUGGGAAGGUUAUUUAUGAAGGACUCACCAACUAUGAAAAAGCUGCCAGCGCAAACCCUUCUCAGCUUUUUGGUACUUUAAUGAUCCUCAAAUCUGCCUGCAGCAAUAAUCCCAGUUACAUCGACAGGCUUAUUUCGGUCUUCAUGAGAUCCCUGCAGAAGAUGGUGAGGGAGCAUCUGAACCAGCAGGCUCAGUCAGGGACUGUGGAAGCCAACACAGCUGGCACCAGUGAGCUGGUUAUGCUGAGUUUGGAUUUAGUGAAGACCCGGCUGGCUAUGAUGAGCAUGGAGAUGAGGAAGAACUUCAUUCAGGGCAUCCUGACCUCGCUGAUCGAAAAAUCUAGCGAUGCCAAAAUCCUGCGGGCGGUGGUCAAAAUUGUGGAAGAGUGGGUCAAAAACAGCUCGUCCAUGGCGGCUAACCAGAUUCCAACGCUGCGAGAGAAGUCCAUUCUGCUGGUAAAAAUGAUGACCUACAUUGAAAAACGUUUUCCCGAUGACCUUGAAUUAAACGCUCAGUUCUUAGACCUGGUUAACUACGUCUAUAGGGAUGAAAACCUUUCGGGAAGCGAGCUGACCGCCAAACUCGAGCCAGCCUUUCUCUCUGGCCUCCGAUGCACCCAGCCUCUCAUCAGGGCUAAGUUUUUUGAGGUCUUCGACAGUUCCAUGAAGCGACGGGUCUACGAGCGUCUGCUGUACAUCACCUGUUCUCAAAACUGGGAAGCCAUGGGGAACCAUUUCUGGAUCAAGCAGUGCAUCGAGCUCCUGCUGGCGGUUUGCGAAAGAAACACAACAAUCGGGACCAGCUGUCAAGGAGCCACACUUCCCUCCAUCACGAAUGUGAUCAACUUGGCAGAUAGUCACGAUCGGGCAGCCUUCGCGAUGGUUACCCACAUCAAGCAGGAACCUCAUGAACGAGAAAACAGUGAAUCCAAAGAAGAGGAGGUCGAGAUAGACAUUGAGCUGGCUCCCGGAGAUCAGACGAGCACCCCGAAAACCAAAGAGCUCUCCGAAAAGGACAUUGGGAACCAGUUGCACAUGUUAACCAACCGGCACGACAAAUUCCUGGACUCCCUGCGUGAAGUGAAGACGGGAGCCCUGCUAAGUGCCUUCGUUCAGCUUUGUCACAUUUCCACCCCUUUGGCUGAAAAAACUUGGAUCCAGCUGUUUUCCAGAUUGUGGAAAAUCCUUUCAGACAGACAGCAGCAUGCUCUUGCCGGUGAAAUCAGCCCCUUCCUGUGUAGCGGAAGCCACCAGGUGCAGCGCGACUGCCAGCCGAGCGCCUUGAACUGCUUCGUGGAAGCCAUGUCGCAGUGCGUGCCCCCCACGCCCAUCCGGCCCUGCGUGCUGAAGUACCUGGGCAAGACCCACAACCUCUGGUUUCGCUCCACUCUGAUGCUGGAACACCAGGCCUUCGAAAAGGGGCUCAGCCUGCAGAUCAAACCCAAGCAGACCAGCGAGUUUUACGAGCAGGAAAGCAUCACUCUGCCCCAGCAGGAAAUCCUCGACUCUUUGGCAGAAUUGUACUGCUUGCUGCAAGAAGAGGACAUGUGGGCCGGAUUGUGGCAGAAACGGUGCAAGUUUCCAGAGACCGCCACCGCAAUUGCUUACGAACAGCACGGCUUCUUUGAGCAGGCUCAGGAAACCUACGAAAAAGCCAUGGAAAAAGCUAAGAAGGAACACGAAAGAAACAAUGCAUCACCUGCUAUUUUCCCUGAAUAUCAGCUCUGGGAAGACCAUUGGAUUCGGUGUUCCAAAGAACUGAACCAGUGGGAAGCCCUGACGGAAUACGGCCAAUCCAAGGGCCACAUAAACCCAUACCUGGUUCUGGAGUGCGCCUGGCGGGUUUCCAACUGGACAGCCAUGAAGGAAGCCCUGGUACAGGUGGAGCUCAGUUGCCCCAAAGAGAUGGCAUGGAAAGUCAACAUGUACCGGGGAUAUUUGGCCAUUUGCCACCCUGAUGAACAGCAGCUGAAUUUCAUCGAGCGCCUGGUGGAAAUGGCCAGCGGAUUGGCCAUCCGAGAAUGGCGAAGACUUCCACAGGUGGUUUCUCAUGUCCACACCCCACUCCUACAGGCUGCCCAGCAGAUCAUCGAACUCCAAGAGGCUGCCCAAAUCAACGCAGGGUUGCAACCAGCCAACCUCGGGCGGAACAACAGCCUUCAUGACAUGAAAACCGUGGUGAAGACCUGGAGGAACCGGCUGCCCAUCGUGUCCGAUGACUUGUCUCACUGGAGCAGCAUUUUCAUGUGGAGGCAGCACCAUUAUCAAGCCAUUGUGAGCGCCUACGAGAACAGCGCCCAACACGACCCGAGUUCGAACAACGCCAUGUUGGGCGUUCACGCCUCGGCCUCCGCCAUUAUCCAGUACGGCAAGAUUGCUCGGAAACAGGGCCUGGUCAACGUGGCUUUGGACAUCCUGAGCCGCAUUCACACCAUUCCCACGGUGCCCAUCGUGGAUUGCUUCCAGAAGAUUCGACAGCAGGUCAAAUGCUACCUCCAGCUCGCCGGCGUGAUGGGCAAAAACGAAUGCAUGCAGGGCCUAGAGGUGAUAGAGUCCACAAACUUGAAGUAUUUUACCAAGGAAAUGACGGCCGAAUUCUACGCGUUGAAGGGGAUGUUUUUAGCACAGAUUAACAAGUCCGAAGAAGCCAACAAGGCGUUUUCGGCGGCUGUGCAGAUGCAUGACGUGUUGGUGAAGGCUUGGGCCAUGUGGGGGGAUUACCUGGAAAACAUCUUUGUCAAGGAGCGCCAGCUGCACCUCGGGGUCUCCGCGCUGACUUGUUACCUCCAUGCCUGUCGGCACCAGAACGAAAGCAAAUCCAGGAAGUAUUUAGCAAAGGUUCUUUGGCUCCUGAGCUUUGAUGACGACAAGAAUACGUUGGCUGAUGCCGUGGACAAGUAUUGCAUUGGCGUCCCGCCCAUCCAGUGGCUGGCUUGGAUCCCACAGCUCUUAACCUGUUUGGUCGGAUCAGAAGGAAAACUCCUCUUGAAUCUCAUUAGCCAGGUUGGACGUGUCUACCCUCAAGCAGUUUACUUCCCUAUCCGUACUCUCUAUUUGACGUUGAAGAUUGAACAACGGGAACGCUACAAAAGCGAUUCUGGACAGCAGCAGCCGAGCUCCGUCGGAAGCCAGUCUCACUCUGCGUCGGACCCCGGGCCGAUCCGAGCGACGGCCCCCAUGUGGCGAUGCAGCCGUAUCAUGCACAUGCAGCGGGAGUUGCACCCGACACUCCUCUCGUCUCUGGAAGGGAUUGUGGAUCAGAUGGUCUGGUUCCGAGAAAACUGGCACGAGGAGGUCCUGCGACAGCUUCAGCAAGGCCUGGCCAAGUGCUAUUCGGUGGCCUUCGAGAAGAGCGGUGCUGUUUCCGAUGCCAAAAUCACGCCGCACACCCUGAACUUUGUCAAGAAGCUGGUCAGCACCUUCGGGGUGGGCCUGGAGAACGUCUCCAACGUCUCCACCAUGUUUUCCAGUGCAGCUUCCGAAUCGCUAGCCAGGAGGGCUCAGGCCACAGCGCAAGACCCCGUCUUUCAGAAACUCAAGGGCCAGUUCACAACAGAUUUUGACUUCAGCGUCCCGGGUUCCAUGAAACUCCACAAUCUCAUUUCGAAACUGAAGAAGUGGAUCAAAAUCCUGGAGGCCAAAACCAAGCAGCUGCCCAAAUUUUUUCUCAUCGAGGAAAAAUGCCGUUUUCUUAGCAACUUCUCUGCCCAGACAGCAGAAGUGGAAAUUCCUGGAGAAUUCCUGAUGCCCAAACCGACGCACUACUACAUCAAAAUUGCGCGGUUUAUGCCCAGAGUGGAGAUAGUUCAGAAACACAACACCGCAGCUCGAAGACUGUAUAUCCGAGGCCAUAACGGGAAGAUUUAUCCCUACCUUGUCAUGAACGAUGCGUGUUUGACCGAGUCCCGUAGAGAGGAACGAGUCCUGCAACUCCUUCGCCUCCUGAACCCUUGUUUGGAAAAGAGGAAAGAAACCACGAAGAGACACCUGUUCUUCACCGUUCCCCGCGUCGUGGCUGUCUCUCCCCAGAUGCGUCUUGUGGAGGACAACCCUUCUUCUCUCUCCCUGGUGGAGAUCUACAAGCAACGCUGUGCCAAGAAAGGGAUUGAGCAUGACAGCCCCAUUUCUCGCUACUACGACCGGCUGGCCACCGUCCAGGCACGAGGGACCCAAGCCAGUCAUCAGGUCCUCCGGGAUAUUCUAAAAGAGGUUCAGGGUAACAUGGUUCCACGCAGCAUGCUGAAGGAGUGGGCCCUUCACACAUUCCCCAACGCCACCGACUACUGGACGUUCCGGAAGAUGUUCAUCAUCCAGUUGGCGCUGAUUGGUUUCGCGGAGUUUGUCUUCCACCUCAACCGACUCAACCCUGAGAUGUUGCAGAUUGCUCAGGAUACGGGCAAAUUAAACGUGGCCUAUUUCCGGUUUGACAUCAACGAUGCUACCGGGGAUCUGGACGCCAACCGUCCCGUCCCAUUCCGGCUCACCCCAAACAUUUCGGAGUUCCUCACCACCAUCGGGGUCUCCGGGCCCCUCACAGCAUCCAUGAUUGCCGUGGCGCGUUGUUUUGCGCAGCCGAACUUCAAAGUCGACGGCAUCCUGAAAACAGUGCUGCGGGAUGAAACCAUCGCUUGGCACAAGAAGACCCAAGAGGACACAUCGUCUCCGCUCUCAGCAGCCGGGCAGCCAGAGAACAUGGACAGCCAACAGCUGGUGUCGCUGGUUCAGAAAGCUGUGACGGCCAUCAUGACCAGGCUCCAUAACUUGGCCCAGUUCGAAGGCGGAGAGAGCAAAGUCAACACCUUAGUUGCGGCCGCGAACAGCUUGGACAACCUGUGCCGCAUGGACCCCGCCUGGCAUCCGUGGCUGUAGACACCUCCCGAAGACUUGGAUGAUCGCAAAACCCGCUGAGAUACAACAAGGACUUUUCAGAUCCAUCAUGGAUGGUUCUUCACCCAUCGCGGCACUGAUGCGUUUCCGGCAGGAUCGUGUUUCCAGGAGCUGUGGUGUUUUUAGACUUUCAUCUCAAAGUUAAGAUCCCAUCCUCAUCAUGGUGGCAUCUCUCCACUCCGAGGAAAUCUUCAAAAGGACGAGAUUUGAACUUUUGCACACCAGGCAAUCCUGUUUUAUGCAGCGAGCAAGAAGAGCGAAGACACCGGCGAGAGUUGAGACUCGCCAGUUUGGUUUUAUUUUUUUAAAAAAAGAAUUAUCCCCUCCUUGAGGAUACUGAUGUGUGAAGUUGUUGGGUUUUUUUUAAAUUGUUUACUUUCUUGGUGAUUACAAAGACACUUGAAAGACCAUUUUAAUCCAUCCCAAAACGUAGGCGUGUUAGGGGGCAUUGUACAGAGAUUUUUAUAAGAAAAAUGUACAGGU